AGCUUGACGGUGGAACAAUAGAUCUAGAUUCCAAUUAGAAUUUUGCUUAGUCAGUCAUAUAUUGCGGCUUAUUAUUAAAUUUUAUUUUACUGAAUAACUUAGUGACAAUUCUACAAUUAGGAUUAAACUUUAAAAGUGUUAGUUUAAUUUACGUUACUAAAUAAAACCUUCUAAAAAUGGAUCCAGGCAUUCUUUGUUUCCACCAUUGUGAACACAAAGUUUUUUGUACCAUAAUACCCGAAAAUUGCCCUGUUUGUCAACAGAAACUAGAUAGAUACGACUAUAAUCUCUUGCCAUUUAGAGUACCAUAUCCUUUCGUGAAAGCCUCUCAGCAUCCACGAGCAAUCGUCAUGAAACCCACUCAUGGGGAUUUCCUCAAUGACUAUUAUAAUUCCAAAGAUUUGCAUAUAGGGGUCACUAACUCUCAAGGGUAUGUAGUGGAGUUCAGCGAAGAGGGCAUCCGUGCCGUUGACCCUGUAACUAAAAAGUGGAGUGAAUGUGAAACAAGUGUAGACUGGGAUCAAUGUCUUUUGUUAGAACAGUUUGAUGAACUGUGGAAUGAGAUCUGGGAUAGUGUCUUAUUAAAGGUGAGCCAGAGAUCAUUAUGGGAGGCGGACAGGUAUAAUGAGGAGCGACACAACUGUUUUACCUUUGUACUGGCAUUUUUACGAGCACUUGAUUGUGGGGAAUUGUCAGAGAGAGCACGCGACCCUAAACUCUUCUGUAAACAGUAUGUGGUCCCGCGAACUUCAGCUGCCGGGAAGUAUAUAUCAUUAUAUAGACAAUUAAAGAGACAAAGCUAUUUCAUACAGAAACAAUGAUAGCUUAUUUGAAUUUACUUAUAAACUGUAUGUAUUUAUUUAUUGUCAGUUCAGUAUUAUCUGUGAUUUCUCAUAUUUAGAUAAGAAACUUUGAAAUUAAAAUGCAUUUACCUAAAACCAAAUAGAUUACGUUUGAGUAAUUGAAAUUUCUCGGUUAUUUAAGUAGUAUAUAUUAAUUUGUCAUCUAUAUUAUAGAUUAAUUUAGAAGUAUUUUCUUCAGAACUAUGUUAAAUAAACCAGUUACUUUAAAUUUAUAAAAAAGGUAUAGUCCAAUAUCUUUAUAAUUUUUAUUAACUAUUAGAAACAUAACAAAGGCUAAAAGGCUGUGUUAUUUUUUCGUUUUGUAAAUGGACCAGGCAUAUUUGAUAUAAUUAUACAAAAUUAGAAUAAUUAGAAUUUUUUUAACAUCACAACAAAAUUUCAUACAGGCCUAGUGUUAAUUUUUCAUUUAAUUAGAAAUUAUGUAAUAUCCAGUCUAAACUUCCAUACUAUAUUAAUCUUCCAAAUGCAAAUGUAAUCAAAUAAAUUAGCUUAAAUAUUGUAAGCUGAAUGUAGGUAGCACAAGUCAAAUAUUCUCAUUAAAAAUAAAAAUGCUUUUAAUAAGUACUCUCAUAAGAUAGCUAAUGUUACAUUAAGUAAAUGUUGCAUAUCCUUCUAUUAGUAUUAAUCGAACUUUUAUUUCAAUAUAUUGAAAACAAUCUGAUAGGUGUCCGUAAGAAGUUAUGUGUAGUCAAUUAGUGUUUUCUAAACAUUUACAUUUAUGACUAUCCUAUAAAGUUCUCAUGUACGCUCAAGUCGUUCCAUAUUCAUCUUCUCUAAGGUAAAUGUAGUGUUUUGAUGGUGUAUUUUUCUCUUUAUAACAUAUAUCAUAGUAUAAAUACAAGUGACAUUUAAAUUAAGAACCGAAAAGUUGUCAUGAUAUCUGUAAUCAUAAAAAAAAAUCAUAAGAAACUAAAUUAAGUAAGGAAUCUUUAAAUUAAAUUCAUGAAUGUAUUAAUUAAAUGGUGUUAGUGUAUAAGGUGUAUAACAUAAAUUUAUUUUUAAAGUUUAAAUUCCUUUCAGCUUAUUUUAUUAAUCUGUAUUAUUAAUGCCCCAUAUAGUUAACCAAAGUAUAAAUGCAUAGCAUGUGAAGGUAAUAUUAUUUAAUAAUGAGCUGAUUAAAUUAUUAUGAAAUUUGAGCACAGAUAUACGAUUUGAUGUCACCUAGGAUCUUAAAUUUCGAAAAAAAAUUCGAACUCGAAUAAAAGAUCUCUUUAAAGCUGAAAAAAAUUGUAAAGCUUGCAUAAAGAAUUAACAUGGAGUUGCUACAACAUCGAAAUAUAUUAAUUUAUUUAUAUGUCCCGCAAACAUUCAUACUACAUAUUAUAGUUGGAGUAUGUAAGUUAAUACUAUGUUAUAUCUUCUCAGCAAGCUUAGUUACAUUAGGACUAUCUGUUCUUGGUUCUACUUAUGUAGACAACCCUUUUACACUUUUAUAACAAACAUGGGAAAAAAAUCUAAAUCACAAACACAUUGAACUAGUCAAACCAUUCUUUAUCUCAUCUUAAUUCCCUAAUCUGUAUAAUCUUAUAUUCAUAAAAAAUAAACGAAUGCGAUAAUAUUUGGUGGUAAAAAAUUAUAUGUGAGACCUGAAAUUUAAUAUUGUUAAAUCCAGCCAGCAGUGACUUAAUUAAUAGAAAAAAAAUAC